GGAGGGAAAAAAUGGAUCUCCAAGCACGAGCCUUGCUUCUGCUCCUGCUGCUUUCAGCCGUCUGUAAUGCUUACCCCACAGAUAAUUACAAAGCAGAUGACGAAAACUCAGAGAAGGAGGACAUCACAACCACUAUCCUCAGAAUGAACAAUGGAUCUGCCGAUAUGCUGUUUGAAGGAGACGUUUUUGUUCCAAGAUCCCGUACUGCCAAGAAGUGCCUUGAUCCACGUUACAGCUGUUUCUGGCCAAAGUCUUCAAAUGGGAAUGUGGAAAUCCCUUUUGUUUUAAGUGACGACUAUGAUCACAACGAGAAGAAUCAGAUUCUCAAAGCCAUGAAGGGCUUUGAGGGUAGAACCUGCAUCCGCUUUGUUCGUCAUAGAGGAGAGAGGGCGUACCUGAGCAUUGAGUCCAAAUUUGGCUGUUUCUCUUUGAUGGGUCGUUCUGGAGAAAGGCAGCUUGUGUCUCUGCAGAGACCCGGUUGUUUAAAUAAUGGCAUCAUCCAGCAUGAGCUGCUCCACGCUAUGGGUUUCUACCACGAACACACUCGCAGCGACCGUGACAAAUAUGUCAAAAUCAACUGGGAUAACAUACAAGAAUAUUAUUAUAAAAACUUCCAGAAAAUGGACACAGAUAAUCUCACCCCAUAUGACUACUCCUCUGUGAUGCAAUAUGGAAAAACUGCCUUUGGAAAGAACAGGGCAGAAUCCAUCACUCCUAUCCCUGAUCCCAACGUUCCCAUCGGCCAAAGGGAAGGUAUGUCUGACACGGACAUCCUCCGGGUCAACAAGCUCUACAAGUGCUGGAGCUACAUAGGAUAGAAGAUAUUUAGAUGCUGAUGAUUCAUACUAAUGUGACAGCAUUACAGUAAAGCAUUGGCUGUUCC